AUGGCUUCAACGUUCAAACUCAAACAUCAGUGGACCUCAAACCUGGGGCUAGGAAGGCGGUUGCAGACGCUGAUUGCUGCUGACAACGAGACCGUUCGAGAGGCAGCAUCUGCCUCAGCCUCGGCCAAUCGAACUGGAGAGCGGACCAAGCCUGCGAAGACGGAGGCAAGUGCCUCCUUUAUGAUCGAGGAGGAGCCAGCCAUGCAGGUUGGGAAGCUCUUGAAAGCAGAGCUAGAUGGCUUGGAUGCGACGAAGUUCAUGACCACAGACAUGGACAAGCUAGUGGCUGACUGCGUAGUUUUCAUGGUUGCUUUGGUCAAGUUGACCUUGAGGCCCAGCAAAAAGAUGCUGGAGGCAGCUGCGAAAGCAGCAUUCUCAAAGCCGACCGAGCAGGAUUGCGAGAAGUUUGCCAGUGCUAUAUGCCGAGGCAUACAGUACUGCAGGAAGAAGGUGUCGAGCAUGACUUCAGGCAAAAAGCUGGACCCAGAUGUCAACACGUUAUGCCGGACCUUGGUUAAGGGUCACCUCGUCAUGUGCGAGCUCGUCCGUGCCGAGCUCGCCAGCCAAGCCACUUCGAAAGGUGAAGCUGUGGAGGCACAGGUCGACCUCAUCGAUCCAGAGUCUGAAGACUUAUCCCUCCAGUUUCGUGGCUACGGCUACACCAAAGAAAAGAAUGAGCAGCCCUGUUCUGGCAGUCAUAUCAUCCUCGGACGAAGACGAAGCCCGUGA